AUGUGGAUUGUUUGCUCCCACGAUUUGUCAUACAAAGCCUGGCUUGAGAAUGGUCACCACUUCAAAGGAGACUAUGAAGAUGCUGAGAAGAUGCUGUGUGACAUCGCAAAGGCUCUGAGGUAUCUCCAGGGGCAGCGAGUUCUGCACAACGACAUCAAACCCUCAAACAUCCUGUACAGAAGAGAGACGGGUGCAAAGCUGAUUGACUUCGGCUGUGCUCAGCAUGGCCCGAAAACUCGCUCCGGUCGUGGAAGCCCGUGGUAUACUCCUCCUGAGUACCUGGCUCACGGCUACGGUGGUUUCCCUGCCGAGAUUUGGGGGCUUGGUAUCGUCAUGAUCUUUCUUUUGAAACUAAUGCCCCUGCCUGAGUUCUCACAGGGGUGGAUAACCGAGGAUAUCAAGUUGAACCACAAGGACAAGACAGAGCUCAAGGACAUAGAGCACAAGAAAGGUGUCAAGGCGAAGCAGGCCAUGGGCGCAUGGCUGACCACAGUGAGGAGAGUGCGAAGCAUGCUUCCCAAGAACGCGGUGGCGGAGACUGUUUACAAGAUGCUUGACGGGUAUCUAGAUACACGGGUUCAGGCUCAGGAGCUGGUCACACACAUAAACAAUCAAGGCUGA